AUGAAAGGACAGAGUGUGUUUAUGUCAGUGUCGCUGAGGAAGCCCCCGCACAGAACCUCACAGAGAACCUACAGAGAACCUGACAGAGAACCUACAGAGAUCCUCACAGAGAACCUACAGAGAACCUACAGAGAACCUGACAGAGAACCUACAGAGAACCUGACAGAGAACCUACAGAGAACCUACAGAGAACCUACAGAGAACCUACAGAGAACCUAUAGAGAACCUACAGAGAACCUACAGAGAACCUACAGAGAACCUGACAGAGAACCUACAGAGAACCUACAGAGAACCUACAGAGAACCUACAGAGAACCUGACAGAGAACCUGCAGAGAACCUACAGAGAACCUGACAGAGAACCUGACAGAGAACCUACAGAGAACCUACAGAGAACCUACAGAGAACCUGACAGAGAACCUACAGAGAUCCUGACAGAGAACCUGACAGAGAACCUACAGAGAACCUACAGAGAAACUACAGAGAUCCUGACAGAGAACCUGACAGAGAACCUACAGAGAACCUACAGAGAACCUACAGAGAACCUGAAAGAGAACCUACAGAGAUCCUGA